UAAGCAUGUCAAGCAUGGCCGAUACUCAAAGUCAGUGUGGCAACAACUACAACCGCGGCGGUCAGGCCAUGGGUCAGCGUGGUCCAGGCUAUGGCCAGCCCUUGACUCGCAACAGCAACACCAACUACCAUAGCGGUUACGGUACCCAGCAGAGCCACACUGCUGCCAACAUGGCGGCUUUGACUCAUGGUCUUCAAGGCAUGAAUCUCCACGAUGCCACUUACUCGAACCAGUCCAAGGCCGCCGUCAUGGCUGCUUCUGGCCACCAGUUCAACGGUCUCCCUAUUCCCGCUGCACUUUGGGGUGCAACCAAUCAUCUCAUGUUCCCUGGAGGUCACUCUUACCCUGCUGCAGUCCACCAGCACAACCCUGGCCUCUACACUCCCAUGGCUGCCCAGUACAUUCCUCAUAGCUACCAUCAGCAACAGCACGACAACAGCCCUAUGUCGCAGGCCUGGACGCCCAGUCACACGACUGGUGAGGUCCCAACUCUGAUCACUCCACGCCGGGAUUCCAUCUCAUCGAACGAGAACGACGCUCCUGGUACCCCAUCGUACGCUGGCUACCCCACCUAUCAUCAGGUUCCUGGAGUUGCAAUCGUCAACCGUUCUCCAGGCGGCAUGUACACGCAAAGCUCCCCUUCUCCUACCCAAGUCCUCGCCCCAUAUGGCAUGCCUUUGUCAAAGAUGGCUGAGCACCGCAGCAUCUCGCCAAGCCUUCACAUGCUUGUGAACAAGGAGCCUCCCAUCCCUCAGGCCAUCCCAGCCCCCAGUUCUCCGUUGAAGCCCCUUGACAGAGCUCUGGAGAACAUUCGUGGCGAGACAAACGUCUACAUUCGUGGCCUCCACCCUGAGACCACCGACGAGAUGCUUGAAGGCUGGGGCAAGCGCUUCGGUGAUAUUCGCAGCUCCAAGUCGAUCAUCGAUCACUCCACUGGCCUUUGCAAGNGGUACCACAACUACGAAGAUGCCGAGAACUGUAUCCGUGGCUUCCAUUACCUGGGCUAUGAAGUUAGCUUUGCCAGAACGUUCGCUGAUGAGGGUAACACCAACCUCUACGUUUCCAAUCUGCCCAAGUCUCUGAACGAGCACGAGCUUGCAUCUGUGUUCACACCUCACAAGGUCUGCUCGGCCAGAAUUCUUCGCGAUAAGAACGGUACUUGUCGUGGAGUUGGCUUUGCUCGUUUCGAGUCCAGAACGGUCUGCGAGGAAGUCAUCAAGAAGUUCAACAACUACAAAGUCAACGUCGCAGGUGAAGAGUACACGAUUCAGAUCCGCUUUGCCGACACUCAGGAGCAGAAGCAGCUCAAGCAGCAGACAGCCGCCGCUCGUCAGUUCCGCUCUGCCGAGUAUGAGUAUGCUACCCAGGCUCACAAGGCUGGUUACUCCUCCAGUCGUGGCUCAUAUGCCUCCAACAAUGAGUUCGAGACGUACAUGACGACCAGG